AUGUCGUUCACCUUCGGAACUCAGGGCUCAUCGAGCGCGCCAUCCAAUAAUGCGACAACUACCGCGCCGGCCUCUGGCGGCCUCUUUGGGGCUACUUCAUCUGGAAACACUCCUUCCUUCUCGUUUGGCUCACUAGGUAGCACUACCGGCAACAACUCAACUCCAACAAACAGUGGUGGAUCUAUAUUCGGUCAGAAACCAGCCGGCGACGCGCAGAAGCCAGCAGGUGGUCUAUUUGGGGGAGCAUCUUCGUCUUCAAACACGGCAUCAGCCCCAUCUGGAGCUCUGUUUGGAGGAACUUCCACAACACCGGCGGCUGGCAGUCCCUUUGGCGGAACAAGUAAUACUUCCUCUACGCCUACAUCAGCAGCCCCUGCGUCCACUGGGAUGUUUGGAGGAGGCAGUGGCGCUCUUGGAGGCUCCAACACUUCCUCUUCUAAGCCAGCUUCUGGUACCUUGUUUGGUGGCCUUGGUUCAUCGGCUGGCGGUGGUCUCUUCGGCGCCCAGACCAGCAGUGGACAGUCUCAAAGUACGACUACGACAGCUGCAGCGCCCUCGUCUGGUUUGUUCGCGAGUUCCGGAACUUCCUUGUUCGGAAACAAAGCCAGCACGACUCCUAGUUCGAACACGCUGAGUACAACCCCAACCACUGCCACUGCGGCAACACCAGCCAAGCCUAUGUUUUCCCUGCCAUCGACUACUCCAGCGGGAGCUCCCCCGACUGAUUCAUCGAAGCCCGCAUCUACAGCCGGGACGGCCGCCGGUGGACUCUUUGGCAGUGCUGCGCAGCCAACCACUUCGUCAGCUUCAACAUCCGCCGUCCCAGCUGCCCCUGGACUUUUCGCGGGCGCACAAUCUGGAGGCGGAUCUUCUGCAGGAAGUCUUUUUGGCAACAAACCGGCAGCUACCGCCGGAGCCCCUGCUGGUGGUUUGUUUGGCGCCCCGGCCAGUAGCACGCCAUCAACUUCAGCAACAUCCGGAGCAGCCACAGCUACCGCAGGGUCGGCAAGCUCAUUAUUCGGCGCGAAAGCUGCUGGUACCGUGGGUUCAACCGCCCCAGCUUCAACAACUACCAGCAACAGUCUCUUUGGUGGUACUGCCGCCAGCUCUGCCACCACAACUUCGUCUGCGCCUGCAACCGCUGGUGGUACUACGGGGGGGUUAUUUGGAAACAAGCCGGCGACUACAAUGACCUCUUCAGCAACCCCGGCUGUUACCUCAGCGGCAGGUGGUCUAUUCGGGGGCGGCCAGGCUGGUUCUACUGCUGCAGCUAAACCUGCGUCUUCUCUAUUCGGUGCGACUGCUGCCGCAUCAGCGCCUGCCCAGCCCGCGGCCGCAGCCCCUGCAUCGACGGCGGCACCCACGGCAGCACCCACUUCAACUAUGGGAGGUUUGUUUGGCUCCAAACCUGCAACAGACGCAACGAACAAGGACAAUGCCAGCAAGGAGGAGCCUAAACCCACGACCCAGAAUGGCACCAACAGCGCCCUCGGUGCUUCUACAACCGGCCCAACUUCGCAGAUGGCUAGACUGAAGAACAAGACCAUGGAGGAUAUUGUCACUCGAUGGGCUUCAGAUCUAACCAAGUAUCAAAAGGAGUUCAAGGAACAAGCUACCACAGUGUCGACCUGGGAUCGCAGCUUGGUUGAGAACGGCGAAAAGAUUCAGAAGCUUUACCUUGAUACUUUCGAAGCUGAGCGGGCCAGCCAUGAAAUUGAACGUCAGUUGGCCGCUGUGGAAAGCCAGCAAGAGGAGCUAGAAGCAUGGCUCAAUCGCUACGAGUCAGAGGUGCAGGACAUGUUUGCCAAACAAAUUGGACCCGGCGAGCAGCUUGGUGGACCUGAUCAGGAGCGUGAGCGCACAUAUAAGCUGGCUGAAAAGCUAACGCAACAGUUGGAUGAGAAGUCUCGAGAUCUCUCAAAGAUGGUUAAGGAAAUCAACGACAUCUCUGGGACGUUGAGCAAGGGGACCAAGACCGAAGAUCCUUUGAGCCAGAUCGUGCGGGUUCUCAAUGGCCAUCUCACGCAGUUGCAAUGGAUUGAUGCAAAUGCAUCGGCGUUGCAGGCCAAGGUUUCGGCUGCACAAAAGUCCAGCGGCUCCCUCAACAACCACUACACUGGACCAGAGAGCGAUGCUGCCGAGGGUUUCUACCGCUCUUACUACGGACGCCGAUAA